AUGGCGACGCUUGUAACUGAGACAGUGGCAUCGACCGCUACCAUUGCAGAUAAUCAGCUCCAAGACUACAAAUAUCUUACUCCCGAAGAUGUUGAUCACUUCUUGACGAGAGGAUGGCUCCGAGUCCCGGGAGCAAUUAAGGAAGAAUAUAUAGACAAGUGGAUGCAGGACUUUUGGCCACGGGUUGACUAUGAUGAGCACGAUAAGUCUACUUGGCAUACAGAGUACCUGCAUCUUCCCCGCCACCGUGAGGUUCCUGCGGAAGAGUUCGCGCCCGAGGCUUGGAACAAGAUCAUCGAGGUUGUUGGUGGCGAAGAUAGGAUUGACCCUAUCCGCGAACGGUAUUACGGUGACGCCUUUAUUAUCAACUUUGGGACUGAGGAGAAAGCCAAACAGAAGGUCGACUCGCCGCCCUCAGAAAAGAAAGGCUGGCAUAUCGAUGAUGACUGGUAUCGGUUGUUUCUAGACUCAACAGGGAAUGCCAUAACCGUCAUCCACUGCUUCACUGACAUCCCACCUCGUGGCGGCGGAACGUACUUGGCUGAAGACGGUAUCAAAGGUGUCGUACAAUAUCUUUAUGACCAUCCUGAAGGACAGGACCCCCCAAUCGAAGGUGGAUAUUCCGACCACGUCCAAAAUUGCAAGCAAAUUACGACGGUGACGGCGAAGAAGGGAGACGUGUUCCUCCUUCACGGCUUUCUGCCUCACGUCACUAGUCCAAACUACCUUCAUUAUGCUCGCGUGAUCACCAACCCUCACGUUUCGCUCCACAGCCCGUUCAAUUUCAAUCGUCCUGAUGGCAAAUAUAGUCUUUUAGAGCAGGUCGUUCUUCGCAAUCUUGGCCGUGAUUCUCUGCCAGAGUGGAAACCUACCCGGGAGCGCAAGUUCUGGUAUCCUCGCAACGCCGGAUUCAAGCGUGCCAAAGUCGAAGGGGAAUUGCAGCGUAUGAUCGCCGCAGCUAAAGCUAAAGGCCUGGAUGAGAGUUCUGUCGGCAGCAUUUACCUUCGUCGAGGUACUCCUGAGUUCGAGGAGUUCGAAAAGCGUAAUGGGUUUGACAAGACAAUGAACCCCGCUGGCCUAAACAUGGUGCAGCAUCUACCCUGA